AUGACCAGCGUAUUGUCAUCUCUCCAGUUGCUGAUCAAAUGCCUUAUGGCCAGCAUUGACAUGCUAUUCUGGACCUUCUGCCUGCUCACCUUUUUGCAGUGUGUGGCCGGCAUGAUCGUCAGCACGCUGUGCCGCGACUACAUUGAAAAUCCGGAAUACCCUUCAGUGACACGUGAUGAAGUCUACCGCUACUACGGCAGCUUCACACGCACCUUCUUGACGAUGUUUGAAAUCCUUUUUGCAAAUUGGGCCCCGAGCUGCAGGGUCCUUGUGGACAAUGUCAGCGAGUGGUUUUCCAUCUUUUUCUUACUCUACCGAUGCAUCAUUGGAUUUGCAGUGUUGAAUGUCGUAAACGCCGUCUUUGUGCAACAGACCAUGAAGACCGCCAGCUUUGACGAAGAAUUGGCAUUUAAGCAGAAGGAACGAGAUGUCGUAACCUACACCAACAAGGUUCGAAGGCUUUUCCAGACCAUGGAUGAGACAGGAGAUGGGACCUUGAACUUCGAGGAGUUCUCCAAGCUCGUGACGUCCCCAAAGCUCAAGUUCUGGAUGAGCCAACUGGAGCUGGACUACCACGAUUUGUUGAGCUUGUUUGAGUUUUUGGACAACGGAGAUGGCCAGAUCACGCUGAACGAGUUCAUAGAGGGCGCCACGCGCUUGCGUGGUCAGGCGAAG